GCAUCAUGGGGAUUGUAGUUCAGUGGCUCCUCAGGCUCGCGGCCUUGGUGGGGUAGUUCAGACCGGCGAACUACAAAGCCCGGCGGCCCCGAUCGCCGGGAAAGACCGAUAAACUUUGAGCGGACCGGGACAGAAAAAAAUCUCUCUUUGUCUUGAGGGGGCUGUCGGGUGGUCGCAGAACUGGGCUCUGUGCGUUGGGAAAGGGAAGUGGAGGUGAGCCUGGGGCUUCCUACCCGGUUGCUGGGCCCGCCCCGGCUGCAGCGCUCACCCCACCCGGUCUGAGCCACCGCCCUGCACAGUCUGAGGGAUGAGCAGCCGCCCAAGCUGCGGGGCCUCCGGCCUUCGGCACCUCUGACACUCGCAGGUUGCUGCUUCUCCGUGCAGAACCGUAUGUCUCUGAAAGAAGAUGAAUUUGGCUGAGAUAUGUGAUAAUGCAAAGAAAGGAAGAGAAUAUGCCCUUCUUGGAAAUUAUGACUCAUCAAUGGUGUAUUAUCAGGGGGUGAUACAACAGAUUCAGAGACAUUGCCAGUCAGUAAGAGAUCCAGCUAUCAAAGGCAAAUGGCAACAGGUUCGGCAGGAAUUAUUGGAAGAAUAUGAACAAGUUAAAAGUAUUGUCAGCACUUUAGAAAGUUUUAAAAUCGACAAGCCUCCAGAUUUCCCUGUGUCCUGUCAAGAUGAACCAUUUAGAGAUCCUGCUGUGUGGCCACCCCCUGUUCCUGCAGAACACAGAGCUCCACCUCAGAUCAGGCGUGCCAAUCGAGAAGUAAGACCUCUGAGGAAAGAAAUGGCAGGAGUAGGAGCCCGGGGACCUGUAGGCCGAGCACAUCCUAUAUCAAAGAGUGAAAAACCUUCUACAAGUAGGGACAAGGAUUAUAGAGCAAGAGGGAGAGAUGACAAGGGAAGGAAGAAUAUGCAAGAUGGUGCAAAUGAUGGUGAAAUUCCAAAAUUUGAUGGUGCUGGUUAUGAUAAGGAUCUGGUGGAAGCCCUUGAGAGAGACAUUGUAUCCAGGAACCCUAGCAUUCAUUGGGAUGACAUAGCAGAUCUGGAAGAAGCUAAGAAGCUGCUAAGGGAAGCUGUCGUUCUUCCAAUGUGGAUGCCUGACUUCUUCAAAGGGAUUAGAAGGCCAUGGAAGGGUGUACUAAUGGUUGGACCCCCAGGCACUGGUAAAACUAUGCUAGCUAAAGCUGUUGCCACUGAGUGUGGCACAACAUUCUUCAACGUUUCCUCUUCUACACUGACAUCUAAAUAUAGAGGUGAAUCUGAGAAGUUAGUUCGUCUGUUGUUUGAGAUGGCUAGAUUUUAUGCACCUACCACGAUCUUCAUUGAUGAGAUAGAUUCUAUCUGCAGUCGAAGAGGAACCUCUGAUGAACAUGAGGCGAGUCGCAGGGUCAAGUCUGAACUACUCAUUCAGAUGGAUGGAGUUGGGGGAGCUUUAGAAAAUGACGAUCCUUCCAAAAUGGUUAUGGUAUUGGCCGCUACUAACUUCCCUUGGGACAUCGAUGAAGCUUUGCGAAGAAGGUUAGAAAAAAGGAUAUAUAUACCUCUCCCAACAGCAAAAGGAAGAGCUGAGCUUCUGAAGAUCAACCUUCGAGAGGUCGAAUUAGAUCCUGAUAUUCAACUGGAAGAUAUAGCCGAGAAGAUUGAGGGCUAUUCUGGUGCUGACAUCACUAAUGUUUGCAGGGAUGCCUCUUUAAUGGCAAUGAGACGGCGUAUCAAUGGCUUAAGUCCAGAAGAGAUCCGUGCACUUUCUAAAGAGGAGCUUCAGAUGCCUGUUACCAAGGGAGACUUUGAAUUGGCCCUUAAGAAAAUUGCCAAGUCUGUCUCUGCUGCAGACUUGGAGAAGUAUGAAAAAUGGAUGGUUGAAUUUGGAUCUGCUUGAAUUUUUGUCAGCUCUUUAAUUUCCGGUAUUUUUGUUUAUGGAAUGUUAAGAAAUUCCUUCAAUUUUUAAAAAACAGGUUUGGAAUUUUUUUCAGUUGAAUGGUGUUCACUUAAAGGAAAAAAGUCUAAAACUGUAAGAAUAUUAAAUGUAGUUGAGAAAUAAGAACAUUUCAUGGCGAGAGUUUGCUGGUCGCCCUCAGCUUUGUGCUGGUAUUCCACAUGUUCCUGCAUUAAUAUUGCACACCCAAACCAAUCUAUCAGGGAGGCUGAAGAAAGGGAGCCGCUAUUUUAAGAACUUGUUUACAGAAGAUUUAAAAAGACCCCUAUUUUUCAUUUGCAUUUGUCAUUUUUUUUUUGCCAGUUCUUUGUUUUGUCAACAUGAGGGUCAUAUCUAUAUAUGUUGACUUUAACAUCAAAAUUGGAUUUGUGUCAAAUUCAUUAUUUAUUGUUAAGAGAAGAAUAAGAACAUAUUUUGGAGGAAAUAAUGAAUUUACUAAUUAAAACUUUGAGAAUUUAUUACUUACUGUUGGGGUCUAUCCUGUGGUUAGAAUUUUUGUGUCCCCUCCCCCUGUCAUUUCUUCUAUUAGCUGUUUAAGAACGUCUUGAGCUUUAUUCAGGAAUA